GGGCGGGGGCUCGGGGCCGGGCCAGCCCCGCCGCCGCCGCCCGGCUCCGCCUCUCCGCCGCAGCGCUCAGUCCUGGAGCGCCGCUCGGCUGCCAGAAGGGAGCCGCCACCUGCUCCCGAGCGGAGUCGCUCCUUGCUGCGCGCCGAGAGGGAGAGCAGCCGCCCCGCCGCCCGCGCCCGGGAAGUUACCGCUGCUCCCGCUGCUCCUGCCGCCGGGGGAAAGCCGCCGCUGCUCCUUCCCGGCCUCGACGAGAGAGAAGUCGCCGCCGCGCCCCGGUGCCAGAGGGAAGAGCCCCGCGGGCGCGCCGCCCCGCUCCGCCGCCGCCUCCCGGUCCCGCCGCGGGCAGGCGGGAUGAUGGAGCCCCCCGCCGCCUGCGCCUCCUGCCGCUGCCGCCCGCUGCCGCCCCUGCUCUGCCUCCUGCUCUGCCUCCUGCUCGCAGCGCUCUGCCUGCCCCCAGCUCUGGGAUUGUACACAGUAAAUGCAAUAUAUGGAGACACUAUUACUAUGCCUUGUCCUCUAGAAGUACCAGAUGGUCUUAUGUUUGGAAAAUGGAAAUACGAAAUGCCAAACGGAUCUCCAGUAUUUAUUGCCUUCAGAUCAUCAACAAAAAAAAAUGUACAGUAUGAUGAUGUACCAGACUACAAAGACAGGUUGAGUCUCUCAGAAAACUAUACACUAUCCAUCAGGAAUGCAAGAAUCAGUGAUGAAAAGAGAUUUGUAUGUAUGCUAGUUACAGAAGAUGAUGUUUCCGAAGAGCCGACGAUAGUCAAAGUUUUCAAACAACCCUCUCAACCAGAAAUCUUACAUCAAGCAAAACUCUUAGAAACAGAGAAGCUACAAAUGCUCGGGGAGUGCGUUUCAAGAGACAGCUAUCCUGAGGGCAACGUCACGUGGUACAAAAACGGGAGAGUCCUGCAGCCCCUGGACGAUGUUGUGGUCAUAAAUUUGCAAAAGAUUGUGGACAGAACUACUGGACUCUUCACCAUGACAUCGUCUCUUCAGUACAUGCCAACAAAGGAAGAUGUAAAUGCCAAGUUCUCUUGCAUUGUGACUUACUAUGGACCAUCUGGCCAGAAAACAAUGCAGUCUGAACCAGUUGUCUUCGAUGUUCACUACCCAACAGAGAAGGUGACUAUUCAAGUGCUGCCACAAAGUAGUACCAUUAAAGAGGGCGAUAACAUCACUCUGAAGUGCUCAGGAAAUGGCAACCCUCCUCCACAGGAGUUCCUGUUUUACAUUCCAGGAGAAGCAGAAGGUAUAAGAAGCUCAGAUACUUACGUAAUGACAGACGUGAGACGAAAUGCAACAGGAGAAUACAAGUGCUCUCUGACUGACAAAAGCAUGAUGGACUCGACCACCAUCACUGUGCACUAUUUGGAUUUGCAGCUUACUCCUAGUGGAGAAGUCACAAAACAGAUUGGAGAGGCCCUGCCUGUGUCAUGCACAAUUUCUUCUAGUAGAAAUGCAACUGUUUUUUGGAUAAAGGACAAUACCAGAAUGCAAACAAGCCCAUCAUUUUCAAGUCUGCAGUAUCAAGAUGCUGGAAACUAUGUGUGUGAAACUACUCUACAGGAGGUUGAAGGACUGAGGAAAAGACAGACACUCAAACUUAUUGUGGAAGGAAAACCUCAAAUCAAAAUGACCAAGAAAACCAACACAAAUAAAAUGUCUAAAACAAUUAUCUGCCAUGUGGAAGGUUUCCCCAAACCAGCAGUGCAGUGGACAGUUACAGGCACUGGAAGCAUCCUAAAUAAAGCAAAGGAGACAAAAUAUGUUAAUGGGAAAUUUUCCAGUAAAAUUGUAAUUGCUCCUGAGGAAAAUGUAACUUUAACUUGCAUUGCAGAAAAUGAGCUAGAAAGGACUGUGACCUCCAUGAACGUCUCUGCUAUAAAUAUUCCAGAAUAUGAUGAGCCAGAGGACAGAAGUGAUGACAAUAGUGAAAAGGUUAAUGACCAGGCAAAGCUAAUAGUAGGGAUUGUGGUCGGCCUUCUGCUGGUUGCUCUGAUUGCAGGUGUUGUCUACUGGCUCUAUGUGAAGAAAUCAAAGUCAGCGUCAAAACAUGUAGACAAAGAUCUUGGGAAUAUAGAAGAAAACAAAAAACUAGAGGAAAACAAUCAUAAAUCUGAAACUUAAGAGAAAAUGUGUCAGUCAUCAUUCCAGAGAAUACAUAUAGACCAAUUGAAGCAUGAACGUGGAUUGUAUUUAAACAUAUACAAAGAAGUGACAGCUAUUCAUGGUUCAAGUAUUAAGCAGAUCAUACUACCAGGUUUUCAAAGGAUUUUAGACACAAUUAUCUCAAGCUAAAAAAAACCCACAAACUAAUUUUGGCAACAGCCAUGAUAAUAGGUCACCAUGUUGUGUUCUGUUUGAAAUAUUUUUUUGUAAAUGUCUGCACUGAAGAUUUCUUUUUGUUUGCCUUUAUGUAAAUUUUUUACGUAGCUAUUUUUAUACACUGUAAGGCUUUGUUCUGGGAGUUGCUGUUAAUCUGAUGUAUAGUGUAAUGGUUUUAUUUCAAUUGUUUUUAUGACACCCUUUGAGCAGGUACAUGUCUGAUUCUGGUUGUUAUCAGUGAAGCCUCUGCUUUGUAGCAAGUACCUAGAGUGUAAGAUUGUCUUAAAGGAAAAUGUCAAAGUCCUUUUCAUUCUUUGAAAUCAUGGUAAAGCAGAAGGGUGACAGCUGUGACAAGGAUGAACGAAAUUGUUAAUGAAAGUGAACAUUUAAAAAACCAUGCAAAGCUAAACAAGCUAGAAAGGGAAUAAAGAGUUUCCCUAUGAAGUCUGGGUAUUGAGUAAGGAACACUAGGAAAAAUUCCUAGCCUACAUACAGCUGGUGGCUAAAAAAUCCUUUUCUUCUAAAGCAAGACAUGCAUUUUAUUGAUGGUUAUCAGUCAUCUUUCAUGUUAUCAUUAGGAUAAGGAACUGGAAUUCUGGAUUAAUUUUGAUUCCUUUAUGUUAUUCGCUGCCUUAAAGUACUGUACCUUUCCUUCUUUUCAGAGAGAUACCAGUCAGAAUUGGAAACUUUUUUAAAAAGUGAUCAUAUCAAAGCUGCAUUUUUUUUCCCACAAAAAUAGAAUAUAUAUAUAUAUUUUUUGUGUGUUUUUGUUAACGAUGCUACAGAUAUUGAAUGCACCUUGAGAUAAUUUUAGUGUUUUUAACUGGUACCUAAUUUAUCAAACAGUACAUAUAAUUGUAACAAUGAAAUGUCUAUGUAUCUUUAGUUACAUUCAAGUUUGUAACUUUAUAAACAUGUUUUUUGCUGGAGGGAAUUUUUAGAAUGGUACUUGAUAAGAAAAGGUUUUAGGGUGAAUGGCCAAUAGAAAGCUGUACUUAAGGGAGAUAAGUUUCAUCUUAUCUGGAAAGUUAGUUUCUGGAAGAAGGUAACAGGCAGCUUUGAUGGAGAGGAACAGUAGAAGUAAGCAGAACAUCAGGUUUCCAUUUACAAAUAUCCAGGGAAAAAGUAAGUUUUUAUAGACUGGUAGGCAAAAAUAAAUAAAUAAAUAAAUAAAUAAAAAGAAAAAGAUGGACGUUAGGAAAUGUAUUUUGCCACUUUUGCAUUAUUUAGGGGGCAGAAAACACUGUUACUUGUAAAUUUGUAAAAUGUUAAAUGUCUGGGCAGUAGUGACUGAUGUCUUAAUAAAAGCUUCCUGUAGUGCAUUGGCAUGGAUUAAAUACAUAAGAUGUCCUAUAAACUCUAUGCUGUAUAAAAUAUUAGAGGGAAAUCCUGUUAUAUGCCUCUAAACUUUAAUUUGUUACUGUUUUAUUUGGCAAAAAGAAAAAAAAAAAUUAUAAUCUUGGUCAAUAUUUAAACCAAAGUAAAAUGGGGGAAAAACCAAAGUAAUUUGUUUUGCAUGGCUAAGCCAUUCUGUUAUCUCUGUAAAUAUUGUGAUUUUUUUCUUUUUAGAAUUUUGUUAAAAAAAUUCUAAAAUUUUUAAACACCUGUUUUUCCAAAAUAAAACGUGAACACACAAAAAAGUUACUUUAUAUAUAAAUAUAUCUUUUUCUUUUGGUGCAAGAACACUGCCAAGCGAUACACGUUUUUUAAAAGAAAAACAAAUUCAGUGGGCAUGACUCUGAAUGGGAAAAGUUGUGCCAGAGUCCUGUCAAGAAGAGUGCAUCUAUCACCUCUCUUUGUUUGUAACACUACAAAUAAUUCUUAAACGCAGAGAGGAAUCUUCCAAAGAUAGGGAAAACUCCAAAGGGAAAGCAUAGGGAAGGGCUGAAAAUUUUCAUAUCACUGUCAGGGGAAUAUAGGGCAAACGAGAAGAAAAAAAAGUCCUUCAACUUUCACAGCUACAGAAAAAGGAAUAUAAAGAACUCCUCGCCUUUUGGGAUUCUGCUUGAUCUCCUAUGCACUUUAAAUCGUCAGUCCGAGGAGCUGGAUUUUUCACUGCUCCAGGGUCACUAUAGGCAAGUCUCAAGAACCAAGAGUGCAAAAGAAUUAAUGUUUCUAUCCAUGCCUAAACAACAAUAAAACUGAAGUAUGUCUUCA